GCUCCUCCUAACAACACCAGCUCACCAGCUCCUCUCCUCGACAAGAUGGCCAUCAGCAAGGUGACUCUGGCCUGCGUGGUGCUGGCGGCCGUGCUGGGCGUGUCCAUGGCUGGCCACGGCAGCAGCUACAUCCACGUGGUCCACGACGACUCCCACGGCCACGGCUACGCCGCCCCCGAGCCCGCCUACCACCACGAGGAGUACCACGAGCCGUCCCCCUACUCCUACAAGUACGGCGUCCACGACGCGCACACCGGUGACGUGAAGAGCGCCUCCGAGUCCAGCCACGGCGGCGUGGUCAAGGGCGAGUACUCCCUGGUGCAGCCCGACGGCGUGACCCGCACCGUGCACUACACUGCCGACAAGCACAACGGCUUCAACGCCCACGUCACCCUGUCCGGGCACGCCCACCACGCGCACCACUACUAGGGCCCCGCCGCCCGGUGCACCGGAGUACCUCUGCUGUGUUCAAGUUCUGCUGUGAUACGGGUGCGCGACCUGGGUGGCGACUUCCAGUGUCGGCGUCAACGAGAGCCCACUGCCUCCAAGCUCAUUACCGCGUAGAUGGUGUGGCGGCGCGCGCCCAGCACUCUGCGCCGCUCUAUAUUUUUGUAAUAAACGGCUUCAGACUGA